GACCCGUUAGAAUUUCAUCGUUUCCUUGUGUUAAGGGUUUAUGCUUCCAAUUCUUCAAACCCUCUGAAACGCCGAAAACCCUGAUACCCCACCAUGGCACGCUUCUCAAGGUCCUCCGCGCAGCGUCUUCUAUACGCACUCUCCUCCUCCUCUUCCACGGUCUCUCCAUCGCCGGCGGGAUCCCUAAUCGGAGGCGCCUUCCAUUUUCGACAAUUCUCGGCGGGGAACGUGGCGCGAGCGAAGGCGGCGGCAGACGACAAGGAGCCGUGGUGGAAGGAAUCAAUGGAACGGCAACGCAAUAUCGGGAUCUCGGCGCACAUCGACUCCGGGAAGACGACGUUGACGGAGCGGGUACUGUUUUACACUGGUCGGAUUCAUGAGAUUCAUGAGGUGAGGGGAAAGGAUGGCGUUGGUGCUAAGAUGGAUUCCAUGGAUUUGGAGAGAGAGAAGGGAAUCACUAUUCAAUCUGCUGCUACUUAUUGUACUUGGAAAGACUAUAAGGUCAACAUAAUUGACACUCCCGGUCACGUUGAUUUCACCAUUGAGGUUGAGAGGGCUUUGCGUGUCCUUGAUGGUGCCAUUCUUGUUCUUUGUAGUGUUGGUGGGGUGCAAAGUCAGUCAAUUACUGUUGAUCGGCAAAUGAGAAGAUACGAGGUUCCAAGACUUGCAUUUAUAAACAAGCUUGAUCGGAUGGGAGCUGAUCCAUGGAAAGUUUUAAAUCAGGCUAGAUCUAAGCUUCGGCAUCAUAGUGCUGCAAUUCAAGUUCCGAUAGGCUUGGAAGAGAACUUUAAGGGACUCAUUGAUCUUGUGAAGUUAAAGGCCUAUUAUUUUCAUGGCUCAAGUGGCGAAAAAAUUGUCAUUGAAGAAGUGCCUUCAGAUAUGGAAGCCUUGGUGGCAGAAAAAAGACGUGAACUCAUAGAGACUGUGUCAGAGGUUGAUGAUAUACUUGCUGAAGCUUUUCUUAGUGAUGAGCCCAUUUCAGCUGCUGAUCUAGAGGGAGCAAUUCGCAGGGCUACCAUAGCACAGAAAUUUAUACCAGUAUUCAUGGGCAGUGCUUUCAAAAACAAGGGGGUACAGCCACUUCUGGAUGGUGUACUUAGUUAUUUGCCAUGUCCAAUGGAAGUUAGUAGUUAUGCUCUCGACCAAUCUAAGAAUGAGGAGAAGGUUGAGCUAUCUGGAAGUCCUGAUGGGCCACUUGUAGCAUUGGCUUUCAAGUUAGAGGAAGGGCGGUUUGGUCAGUUAACAUAUCUAAGAAUUUACGAGGGUAUCAUUCGGAAGGGUGAUUUUAUUAUUAAUGUUAACACUGGCAAGAAGAUCAAGGUUCCUCGUUUGGUUCGGAUGCAUUCUGAUGAGAUGGAGGACAUUCAAGAGGCCCAUGCUGGCCAAAUAGUUGCUGUAUUUGGUGUUGAUUGUGCAUCAGGUGAUACUUUUACCGAUGGGUCAGUUAAAUACACCAUGACUUCUAUGAAUGUUCCUGAGCCAGUGAUGUCAUUAGCUGUACAGCCAGUCUCAAAGGAUUCUGGAGGGCAAUUUUCAAAAGCUUUGAACCGCUUCCAAAAAGAGGAUCCUACUUUCCGUGUUGGCUUGGAUCCAGAGAGUGGGCAGACAAUUAUUUCUGGAAUGGGGGAACUGCACUUAGAUAUCUAUGUUGAACGUAUUAGGAGGGAGUACAAGGUUGAUGCUUCAGUUGGAAAGCCCCGUGUAAACUUCAGAGAAACUGUUACUCAACGUGCUGAUUUUGAUUAUUUACAUAAGAAGCAAACAGGAGGACAAGGACAAUAUGGACGGGUGAUUGGGUAUAUUGAACCACUUCCUGCUGAGUCAGCAACUAAGUUUGAAUUUGAAAACAUGCUUGUUGGUCAGGCUAUUCCAUCAAAUUUUAUCCCUGCAAUUGAGAAAGGUUUUAAAGAAGCUGCCAACUCUGGGGCAUUAAUUGGGCAUCCAGUUGAAAAUCUCCGAGUUGUCUUGACAGAUGGUGCUGCUCAUGCUGUUGAUUCCAGUGAACUUGCCUUUAAGUUGGCUUCUAUCUAUGCUUUUAGACAGUGUUACCCAGCUUCCAGACCAGUUAUAUUAGAACCUGUUAUGCUUGUUGAGCUGAAAGUACCAACAGAAUUUCAGGGAGCUGUUGCCGGUGACCUCAACAAGAGAAAAGGGGUGAUUGUUGGCAAUGAUCAGGAAGGAGAUGAUUCCGUAAUUACAGCUCAUGUCCCUCUUAACAAUAUGUUUGGAUAUUCUACAGCUCUUCGUUCGAUGACACAGGGAAAGGGUGAGUUCACAAUGGAAUAUAAGGAACAUUCACCUGUUUCUCAUGAUGUACAGACCCAAUUGAUAAACACAUGCAAGGGCAAUAAGGCAGCUGAAUGACUGGCCUUCUUGAAAACACGGCCCUAAUUUUUUUGGGGAUAAUUUAUCUAGGAAAAAGAAUUGUGACAAUGAUAUAGGAUAUAGGUUUGGUUCAUUUUUUGUGGUCAGCCAAAUUUUGAAAGCAAAUAAAAGUUGCUAUAAUUGUGAUAGUGUACGCAUAAUUUAAUAUUAGAUGAAAUAGUUCUCAGUAAUCUGGCUUCUGUAAGAUGUAAGUUAUGCAGGCUCGUUAGCCUCUUCGUGAAAAUGUCUCUAGUAUUGAUUCAGAGCUCUUUUAUGUACUUUUAUUACAAGUA